AAUCAGUUGCGAUCCGACCACGGUAGACUCAAGACAUAUUCACGCUUCAAACAUCGAUCACGUUCGUCUGCGUCGCGUCGUCGUUCUUCGUUGUAGUCGCUGCUGAUCAACGCUUUUUGUAUCUAUUUGCAAAUUGAAUCUAAUUGAAUUGCAAAAGUUGCAUUGAGCCUAAUCAAUUAAUUGAUUGCUUCGUGUUGAAUAUUAUUUUUACAUACUUCCAAUAUUGAAAUUAUUACAAAAAACCGGUUUUUCAGUAUCUGAAGUCUGAACUGAAAAGAUCUCGGUAUACUCAGUCGUUAAAAAUAUACGAUUUUACAUGACACAGGUGGUGUACAAUAAAAAGAGACUAAAAUUUAAGUUUUCAAAAACACAACCCUAAACGAAGGUCGUGCCAAUUUUUUCCAAUUAUGUGAUUAAUUAAAGAAAGAAAUUAAAAACGAAUCAAAAAAUAAAACUGUCUAACGCGUGAUGACAAUUUUUAACGGAAAAGCAAAUAAAAAUAUGUCCCAAAAUAUCUUUUGAUGAGUAAAUAUAUCUAUUGUUUUCGGGGAGGAGGAUCAUUCCACUAAAAAUAAUAAAGUUUGUAGUUAAUGUUUUGAUUGAAAACAAACUAAAGUCGAAACAGCUGCAGGGGGGUGGAGGAGUCAAGUCAAGACUGAGUUGAGCCGAAGCCGGCUUUAAGAAAUAAAAAUAAAAAUACAAAUAAUUAUAACGAAAAAUAAAUUAAAGCAAAUAAGAAAUUAAAACCAAAACAAAAUCAUGCGUUGUGUGUCAUCGUCAUCUUCAACGUCGUCGUUGUUGUUGUUAUCGUCGCCUAUCGGCUUAGCGAUCACAAAGCCGAUCUUCAAAAGCGGGUCAGUGUUUUCAUUGAGUAAUUUCUUCGCAAUUUUAUUGAUUAUAAUUAAUUUGUGGUCGGGUACAGUGACGGCGACGACAGAGUCUGAAUCGGUAACGUCGUCAUCGACGUCGUUGCUAGUUGAGGGGUUGGGGAUGGAAAUGGCCAUCUCUCCAUCAGGUCAAAACACAACUUCAUCUUUAGAUUUCGAUUCUUGGUUAAAUGAUACUAAUGAAAGUGGAUUUGAUGAUAUCAUCAACAAGUGUCUGGAUAAAUGUGAAAAGGAGGACCAAUUCUAUGGGAACUUACAAGCUGUAGGAUGCCUAAGUUAUAAGGAACUGUGCACUCAAGGUUGUAAUCACUGGAAACAAUCAACAUUCUCCACCUGCGAACAAGUUUGCCGUGAUGACACAUGGCACAGUAAUUUAUCGCCAUGCGACUUGGCCUGUAUUUCCGGUUGCAAUCAAGCUGUUUAUGGAAUUGUAGAUCAUCUUAGUAAAUUAGAUGAUUUUAAUAUACCUCCAGUGCUUGUUGAUGAUGUUGAUACUGAUGCUGAUACUAUCAAUGGAACUUCUCUGACAUUAUUUUGGCCAAUAGAACAUAGGAAAUAUUCAAUUAAAAGACUUGUCUUGCAAUGGGCUUUAGUGGCAAAUGAUAGCCCUUUGAGAUGGUGGUUUUCAUCAAGUUUUGAAUGGUUCAAAAAUUAUACUUGUACAAUUGAAAAACUACAACCUUUUACCAAGUAUAAGUUUAGAAUCGCUAUGAUGGUAACAACAGACCAUUCUGACUUCAUCUAUUCAGCUGAAUCAGAUGUCUUUGAAACAAUGCCCUCAGGGGAGCCUUCAUCCAAACCAGAGAUCACAAACGUUAAGACAUUGGACUACGACAAAAUAGCUAUUUUUUGGAAGCAGGGACGAUACACAAAUGGACCGCUAGAAAGUUACAAGAUUAUAGCCAAGGCGUUAGAGUCAAAUUUUACGUCUGAAGUGACUUCAUCAUCGGAAGAUGAGUACACAAUCCUUCACCACCUCGAACCAGAACAAACUUACGAAAUAGAAGUAGCAAUGGAAAAUUCCAUUGGCACUGGUCCUUCUGCAUUAACAGUUGCUUCAACUGGAAAACAACCUUCAGAAAGUCCAAGUCCAACGUUUAUUGUUGUUGGAGAUUUUAAGGUUAAUUUGCUGAAUACUUCAAGUGACAGUUCUACGGCAAUUGAAGUCUAUGAUAGUGAUCAGAUGAUAGUUGGAUACGAUGUCCUUGUUGAUCAGAGGACUUUUUUCGUGUCGGAUAUUAGUGGCCAUGUUUUUAGGAUCAAUAUGGAAAAUUCUGUGGAAAGAGAUGCCAUUUUGUUACCAAAAUCAUUCGAAAACUAUAAGCCGACAAAAAUAACAAUCGAUUGGUUAAGUUCAAACUUAUAUAUCUUAGGAGAGCCUCGAAAUGAGGUUCCAAAUAAAUCUUGGGUUAUCUUUCAAGCUGGAUCUAACGGUGAUGACCUUAAAAUCAUAGUCAAAGAUUUGAAAGAUAAACCUCUUGACUUACAAGUUGACCCUUUAAAUGGUUAUCUGUUUUGGAUAACACUGCAGUCUGGCGUUUUUCGUCUCGAUCUCGCCAAUGGAAAAUGGACAAAUAUUUUCACAACCGGAAAUUUCAGUGCGUUUUCAUUGGAUCCGAAAAGAUUCCUUUUAACAGCGUUUUCUAAAAGUGAAAAACAAUUUCAAAGAAUUUCAUAUGACGGAAGAAUUUCCUUCAAAGCAGAUGUUGAAGCUUCAUCGGUAAUUGUACUUGAUCUUGUUAAUUACGAAUCGAGCGUUUAUUGGACUGACGGCAAUCAAAUCUUUAACAAUCAAUCAGUAACGGUUCUGUUUGAAAAGUGUAAAUUUAUCAAACUUUUCCACACUUCUGCUCAAGAGAAAGCAACUGUAAACGAUCCACCAAUGGAAUUUCAAGCCCUUCUUUCAGCUGAUAAAGCUAAACUUUCGUGGAAACCACCGAAAAAAUCAUACUUCCAAAGUCCAUCUGCCCAAACACCCUAUGAAUAUGAUCUUGAGAUCAAGGAAGAGGAAGUUAGUGUGGCAAUAAGAAACAUCAAAUCGAACUUUUACGUCGUUGAGAAACUCAAGCCAAGCACAGAAUAUUGGUUUCGAGUGCGAGCAAACAUUGUAGAUGGUGCUGAUGGUCCGUGGAGUGAAUGGUUUAUGUCGAAAACAUGGAUGCCUUCGGAAGAACGUUAUCUUUUCUGGGCUACCGAAAAUGGUCUUCUGCGGUCAGACGAAGUAGGUGAUAAUUUAGAAACUGUGAUAAAUGGAACAAUUAAGUCGGUCACAUGGGCCAACGGAACGUUGUUUGUUGUUAAGAACUCUCAUCUCUACAACUGGGACACUAACAAUCUGACAGGGUUUGAAGUUGACGAUUCGGCAGGAAAUGUUGCAUUUGACUGGAAAGGAAACCAGUUGUAUUUUACAGAUUCGUCUAAGGGUGUUGUCGUACGGUCACACGUCGACGGAACAAAACGGGAACUUUUACCAAUUAUAGACGCAAAACAUAUUCAACUAGACUCUGAAAACGGUUAUAUAUAUUUUUCAACUGGUUUGAGAAUCAAAGCUUGUAGAUUAAAUGGCAAGGCUUGCAUGACCUACUACAGAACUUCUUUGUUCUCCGAAGAGGAACUUAUCGGUCCGGCUUUGGAUUUGAAGAAUGGACGUGUCUUGUGGACAAUUCAAUCAGAUCACGAUGGAUUUUUGUUUAGUUCAGCCUUGGCCCAUAUUGCGAAGAAAGCUGAGACACCCAUAAUCACUCCCAUGGAUAGAUUUCCGGUGAAAAAUUGGAUGUAUUAUUUGUCUUCCGGACGUUUGGUAUGGAAUACGAUGAUUGAUACUGGAAAUUCAGUGGUAAUGGCAAAUUCGAGUGGUGGUAAUGAAGCUCUCAUUCAUUUCCAAGAUACUUUAAAUAGUCUGUAUGUUGUUGAGCCUAAACUGAGACUUCAAGCAUCUUUUGACAUCAUUCCCGAUCAAGUUGAUAAUUCGACAUUGAAAGUUGUAGGACUGUGGGAUAAUUUCAACAUAACCUGGGAGCCGGUCUACGUUGAAAGCGUUUACUUUAACGUCAGUUACUCGAUCCAAAUUGGUGAUAAGGUUUUCCUAGAAAGUUCGGAGCCUUCUGUACACUAUCCGCGCACCGACUUGCCACCAUAUUCUAGCCUUAAAGUCUGGAUAACUUCGAAUUCUCCCUGGAAGAGUUCGCCAACAACUGUGAUCGAGGUCUUUUCACCGACAGCAGCUCCAUCGGAACCCCAACGUUUGAGAGUGUUCGUGAAUCGUGUAGCAGAUCCCAUAAGAGGAACUCAAAAUAUCUCAGCUAUAGUUCGUUGGGAGCCCCCGGAAGAACCAAACGGUCCAAUAAUUUUAUACACAAUAGUUUGUCAUAGAGGAGAAGAAUAUGUGGAGACUGUCAAUUCCACUGGUCUUGAGGCGAUAUUUUGGAGUCUUGAAAAUAACGUAACUUAUUCGUUCCAAGUACAGGCUUUCACAUCUGGAGCUGGAGGUGAGAUCUCAAAGGCGAUUGAAAUUACAGUCAGCUCCGAAUAUCAAUCGAUUCCCAAGCUUCUCAUAGCUGGUGGUGGUCUGAUUGAACUCCUGGAUAUAGAUUUAAAUUCUACAAAAAUCCUGGCCAAAUCUGAGGGUGCUAUAGAACAUAUUACUGUCAUAAACGGCGAUAAAAACUACGUCGUUUGGAUUGAUGAUGCCGCUCAGAUGAUGUCUUAUUUCCAGGGAAAUGUUAGCAUUGUCACACACUUAGACUCAAAAGUUCAAAGUCUUACAGCCGAUUGGGUAUCUCGGGUGGUUUAUUGGUCUCAAUCUGAUCAUGGUGGUGGGAGUACCAUUCACUCCCUGGACUUAAAUCGUUUCGAGGGAGAACCUUUGGUUGGGAAACUUGUCAUAUCGAAUCCCAAACCUAUCAAAAACCUUGUUAUGUUUCCAAUGAGUCAGACUUUGUUGUGGCUUGAGCUCGAUGGGAACUUGAGUGGUUGGAAUUUCAUGAACUCAACAGAGUUGAAAUUGUUCUCUGGCCUGAAUACUACUUAUAAAACCCUUUACCGCGGUUUAUUCGAAGAAAAUCAAGAAUCUGUGAUUUUGGUUGAUGAAGACGAAAAUUUGUGUAUCCUCCAAAUCCAGGAAGAAACUUGCCGACCACUGAAAAUUGGCAUAGACACAAACAAUUUGUUUAUAGCCGAGGAUAAUGGUUACUUCUAUGUUUUGAAAAAUCACUCUAUUAGAGCCUAUAGCCGAUUGUCACCAGAUUCCCUUGAGUAUAUGGUGCACACGAAUGAUAUUGAUAUGAUCACUGCAUUCAGCUUCCAACCGUUUCCAGAGAGAAGAUGCAUUUUGCCAGAUUUCGAUGAAGAGCCUUUGGUUGAAACGAACUUACUCGUUCCACAGUUAAUUAAUUCAACCACAUUCAGUCUUGAGUUGAAAUUUCCAAAGAUUUCAACUCCCUCCGGAUGCGGUAUUGAAGUACCCGGUCUUAAAUACACUUUGUUUUUGACAGAGUCUGAGAAUGAAAACGCUGAAGUGAGGAAUUUACACUCUUUUGAACCCCAGAUGAACAUUACCAACCUUAAACCUUUUACAAGAUAUAACCUUCAACUUCACAUCAGCAAUUUCUAUUCCGAGCAGUUUGAGCUUACUGGUGUGUCAGGUGUUAAUGUCACGAUGGGAACAGCACCUGGAAUACCUUGGGCUCCAGACAAUGUGACUGUUUCAGCGGUGAGUCCUCGAGAUGGUCUCGUAGAGUGGAUGGAACCAGCAGUUUUAAACAAUGAACGUGUGUGGUAUGAGAUACACUGGCAGACUGAAAGCCCAGCUAAUGGUGUCGUUCACCGGCACCAGACAAUCAUUCCUGAAACCGAGGACAAAUGGAACUCCCACGUUCUCUCGAGCCUACGACCAGAUCAUACAUACACCGUUUGGAUCAAGGUCUUCUCGACUUUGACUGCAUUCAACGAAACUUCUAUUUACACCUUCCAUACAUUCCCCGAGCCAGAAGACUUGACCUUUGUCAACUCAACUUCCAGUACAUUAACUCUUAGUUGGAACGCCUCAACUAAUGUUACGUCAGCAUUUCUGCUCUACUCUCCCCUCAAUAUAGACGACUACAUCAGUGUGAACAUAACAAGUGACUCCCAAAGGCGACUUAUAGAAUCUCUCGAGCCGAAAACUAAAUACACCUUCCAAAUGAAGCUUUUCUAUGCAAAUUCGGUGUAUUCCUACGUUUGGCCACCAGAUAAUCGAUUUGUUUUCGAAACUCUUGGCGAUCGUCCAGGCGCUCCCGGUCAGCCCCUAAUCGAACACAUUAAAGGAGAGGUUUUCAAAAUAUUCUGGGAACCUGCUCGCAAUAAUGGAGCACCUAUUCUUGAGUAUUCCCUCGAAGCUCUGCAAUCGAGUCAAGUUAAACGAGUUCGUCGGUCUCAUUAUUUCCCUCAAAGCGACGAUCGACAAGUAAACAAUAAGACUUUGGCUAGAUUGGGUCAGUUGCCUUGGGCUGAAGAGAUUCAACCGAUUCAAGACAAAUGGAUUCCAUAUUGCAAUGGAACCGAUACAAAUUGUAUAAUUAAGGAAUUGCACACAAUGAGGCUUUUGAUGUUUAGAGGACGAGCGAGAAACAUCUUUGGAUGGGGACCGUAUAGUGCAGAUAGUGAGAUGAUUGCAGAGCCAUUUGUAUCACCAAGAAAACGUGAUACACUAGUUUUUGCCAUUGUAGCACCGAUUACAAUAGUUUCGACUUGUGUCAGCAUGGCCUUUCUCAUAAAAUAUGUCCAUGGCCGUAGGAAGCAUGCAAAGAAACUCGUAGACGAUCUGCGCCCAAGCAUUUGGGGUCUUGAUAUAGCCACUGUUCAACAAGUAGCAAGAAGCCGAAACUUUUCUCAGACCAGUAGCAUGUUGUACACUGGGAAGCCCCUUACUGACGGUGAUAUAGCUCUGCUGCCACAAAUAAGUCGCAACCAGAUAAAUAUGCAACGAUUUCUGGGCAGUGGGGCCUUUGGUGAGGUCUAUGAAGGAUUGGUUACAUAUUCAAGUGAUGGGUCACAAGAUCGAGUUGCCAUUAAGACUCUUCGGAAGGGCGCCAACGAUCAAGAGAAAACGGAACUCCUCCAGGAAGCCCAUCUCAUGAGCCAUUUCAAGCAUGAGAAUAUUGUGAAGCUCAUUGGUGUAUGCUUUGAUCUCGAUUCAAUGUGCAUCAUAAUGGAGUUGAUGGAAGGCGGGGAUUUACAGACCUACCUGAGGGAAUCCCGCCCUUCAAUGGGCAAACUAGGAACCCUCACUCUGCUCGAACUUGUUGGCAUGUGUCUAGAUGUCUGCACUGGCUGUCGCUAUCUAGAAGAUCUGCAAUUCCUUCACCGGGACUUAGCGUGCCGCAAUUGCUUGGUCUCAUCAGUCGAUCCACAAUAUCGAGUUGUUAAAAUUGGCGACUUCGGAUUGGCACGAGAUAUUUACAAGUGUGACUACUACCGCAAGGAAGGCGAAGGUCUGUUGCCAGUUCGUUGGAUGGCUCCAGAAUGUCUUGUCGAUGGAGUAUUUACUUCUCAAUCAGAUAUAUGGUCAUUUGGGAUUUUGUUGUGGGAAAUUUUAAGUCUCGGUCAACAGCCCUAUCCGGCACAGAGUAAUUUGGAAGUACUGAAUUUUGUCAAGGAGGGCGGACGUUUGGAACGACCUAAAGACUGUCCCGAAAAGCUGUAUAAUCUUAUGAUUGAAUGUUGGAGUCAUGAUCCUCAAGAUAGACCCACGUUCCAAAGAUGUCUAACCGACUUGAUGUCAGUUAAAGUUGAAGCUUUGAAUAUGAUCCAUACCAAAGCUUUUGAAGGUGGAAUUGCAAAUAUGUCAUAUUCCGAGACGGAAUCUGAUGUAGAAAGUAUUUCUAAAGCUAAUAUAUCCGAAGGUAUUGAUAAACGAUCCAGUCUGAAUAGUAGCUUUAAUGAUAAAACAAGCCAAAGAAAUCAAUCUGAUGAAAGUCCAAGGGAACUAACCUCGUUCAGGGUUUCCAUGCCAACUGAAGCAGAAUUUAAUAAUAUAAAUCAGCCAAAGCAGAAGUCAGUUCAUUACGUUAAUGAAGGACUGUCCAGAUUUUAGAAAUAAGUUUAUAUUCAUAAGCAUGAGUGUUUAAAUUUUAGACUACGAGUAUAUAUAUAAACAAACCAUGAUAUUUUUUGUGAUGUUAUAUUGAAAAACUUUAUUUUUUUGUUUAUAAGUUACAUAACGAGUACAUCCAUAUACUUAUUUAAAUAAAGCAAAACUUUAAAAUAUUUAAAA